AUGGCCACUCAAGAUUCACGUGGUAUUCUAUUCACACAUACUCAGCAUCAACAGGGGUUUCGGCUGCUAGAACUCUCACUAGAUCUGGAGGCGCUACUUACAGCUAAAGAUGCUCCCGUAUUGGAACUCAAAUCGCCUUCUUCUGCCCUCGCACAAGCGGUCGUAGAUCCCAGCGCCCAAGAAUACGUCAACCUCUGCACUCCCACAGCAACCUAUCGUAUCCGCCAAGUCCAAUCGUCAAAUUCACUCCAUAUCCUACGCCCCAGUCCCGGUAACAUCUCCCAAGCGGACAUCAAAGUUGUUGAAGACGAAGAUGAAGAAACUGGCGUCUUGAAGCUUCCCGAUGAUUCAGUGAGCACCAUUGCGAAGAUCGGAUCAACACUAGAGCUUUAUGUGCCACCAGAAGGAUUUUCGGCUAUUCCGUUCCUGGAGAAAAGUCUACAGCUUUACGAUCCGCGUACCGGGGAUGAGGAUGAGGAUGUCAUGAUGGACGAGCCUUCGAGUGCGGGGGAUAAGGGCCCCACUGAGGUACGAAGGUUGAGGGAUCUUUUGUGCGCGGAUAUCCCUGUCUCUGCAGCGCAAUGCGAGCAGGGGUGGGUUGAAAUCUGUGCAUUUAUAGAUGGCAAGCAUGAGUUGGCGUGCUGGAGACCUUCGGCGCGGAUGCGUUUGAAUGUGUGGAAGCGUCUGGUGGAGGGCGCGAUUUUGCAGGGUAUUGAUCUGGAAAAACAGUUCCUCGUUGGGGAUUUAUGGAAAUCGGUUCUUGAUGAUGAUGAUACGUCGGAACCGUUCCCAAAAGCCUGUCUUGAGGCGGUGGUGAGAAAGCUCUGUACAGCGGAUGAGCGACCAGCGCUAGCGGAUGAGAUGAAAUGUGAGGAUACGCCGCUAGGCCUUGAUUUCAACGAUCCAAUUUGA